CAAGCCAGCAGUGGUAUGCAGGGUGGUAUGCUGCUGGUAUGCUGCAUCGCUCCCAAUCAAAUAAAAAAAAUGUGCUGACAUGUUAACAAACAACAUAUCCUAUAAACAGGACCGGUCAAACUAAAUAGGACCAUACGGAAUGGAUGAUCAGGCUACUCACAGCUGCUGUCCAGGAGUUUCACCCCAUCGGCUAAAUUGUCAUGAUCAGUGGUUACAAGUUUGUAUCUGUCAAAAUGAGCGAAGAAGAAAAAACUUCUGCAUUUCCUGUUGCAAAUCGGCUCAGGAUAACUCCUGAUAAAGUCGGGUAGCUGAUAUUCAGAGCUUAAAUAGCCAAAUUAAUUAAGUCACAGGAAUUAGGACUAAUUAAUUAAGCCAAUGCAACAGCCUGUUUUACAAACGGUGGUCCUACCACAUGGAUGGGCAUUCAUAACAUUCCAAUGCAGGCCGACAUGGUAGGCUACACCCCAGACAGAUGGUCUUUUGGCCGUCUUUUUUGGUCCAGUCCAGUCUAGCAGUCUUCUUUUGGUCCUGUCCAGACUAGCAGUCUUCUUUUGGUCCAGUCCAGACUAGCAGUCUUCUUUUGGUCCUGUCCAGACUAGCAGUCUUCUUUUGGUCCUGUCCAGACUAGCAGUCUUUUUUUGGUCCUGUCCAGACUAGCAGUCUUUUUUUGGUCCUGUCCAGACCGACUUUGAUUUCCAUUUCCACAGACGUUGGUUUUUGGUCUGGACCAGCCUUGAUUUGGCCCAAACAUAGACAUCUAUGUUUAGAAAGGGGAAAGGGGAUACCUCGUCAGUUGUACAAGUGAAUGCCUUGAACUGAAAUGUGUCUUCCGCAGUUAACCCAUCCCCUCUGAAUCAGAGAGGUUCGGGGGGCUGCCUUAAUCCACAUCCACAUCUUGCGUCACCCAGGGAACAGUGGGUUAACUUCCUUGUUCAGGGGCAGUAUGACAGAUUUUUACCUUGUUAGCUCGGGGAUUCGAUCCAGAGCAUUUCUGGUCCAAUGCUCUAACCACUAGGCUACCCAUCCAGGCAUUGUGCUAAUGCCAGUUAGCGUUGGCUUACGAAACUACCUCUAACUUCCUUCGUAAUGGGCACAGAGACAUAAAAUGUGUAUCCACAAGUUCAUCUGACUCUGGGGAAGUAGAUAAAGGGCCUCAUUGCUAAAAUACUGAAGUAUCCCUUUAAUAUCAGCCACAGCACAAUGGUCUUUGGCAGUAGACUGUAGAGAAAAUAUUAGAUUAGAAUAUUAGUCUCUGCGCAGGCAAGAAUGUUGACAUGCCGUGAUUGUUGUGCAAACUAUCAAAAACAUUGGUGUUCUGGUUGCAGCUUGGAAUAAGCACUGCUGUACAAAUAUUGGCGUAGACUAAAUUAUAACUGUUUGACAAAAAAUUAUACUGGUAUAUUUGAUCUCUGGGUUAUGUUGUUGGCAUGUUAUGACAUGUUACACUUUGAGUGUUGGACUACUGAGUUGUUAUGCCAUUUUCUCCCCCACACUGCUCCGGAUCAACCUGAAUGGAAUUGUGGAUGGAAUCUGGAUGUGCUGUAUAUGACCUGUCAUGGGUGAAUCGCCAUGACGACAGAACCAAAUUCAGAGUCUAGCGCGGACCAGCAGGAGGCCAGUGCGGCUCCGCCACUGGAGGCGGAAUCUUUUCCCCCGGCUGCCGCCCACAGCACGCCUGUCAGGAAAGAGCAGAACGGCGACGAGAGAGCGGAGGAAGGCGUGGUCCCACAGGGGAAUCAGCUGGAGCCAUCGCAGGCGGAGGAGGACAGGACCUCGUACAGGUCGUCCACCAGUAAGCUGUCCAGGUCUCCCGGUGGAGGACGGAGUGUCCGCAGCGCCAGGAACAUGCAGUGCAAGGUCACCCUGCUUGAUGGCUCCGCCUACACCUGCAUGGUGGAGAAACGGGAGAGAGGCCAUGUGUUAUUUGACAAAGUGUGUGAGCAGCUCAACCUCCUGGAAAAGGACUACUUUGGCAUCACAUUCCGGGACAUCGAAAACCAAAAGAACUGGUUAGACCAAUCCAAGGAGAUGAAGAAACAGAUCAGAGGAGCCGCCUGGAAUUUUUCAUUCAAUGUGAAGUUCUACCCUCCAGACCCAGCCCAGCUGUCUGAGGAUAUUACAAGAUAUUACCUGUGCCUCCAGUUGAGGGAUGACGUAGUGUCUGGGCGUCUGCCAUGCUCUUUCGCCACCCACACGGUGCUGGGAUCCUACACGGUUCAAUCAGAGUUGGGGGACUACGAUCUCGAGGAGUCUGGGACGGACUACGUCAGCGAGUUCCGCUUCGCCCCCAACCAGACCAAGGAGCUGGAGGAGAAGGUCAUGGACCUGCACAAGAACUACAAAGGAAUGACGCCAGCUGACGCUGAGAUGCACUUCCUGGAAAACGUGAAGAAGCUGUCCAUGUACGGAGUUGACCUGCACCAUGCCAAGUUGGUAGGAAGCCUGUUUGAGUGCUUGUCUCCAGCUAAGGGCGAGGAUUCUGAGGGUGUUGAGAUCAUGUUGGGCGUGUGCUCUAGCGGUCUUCUGAUCUACCGUGACCGCCUGCGCAUCAACAGGUUCGCAUGGCCCAAGGUCCUCAAGAUCUCCUAUAAAAGGAAUAAUUUCUACAUCAAAAUACGCCCCGGAGAGUUUGAGCAGUUUGAAAGCACCAUCGGGUUCAAGCUCCCCAACCAUCGGGCGGCCAAGAGACUAUGGAAAGUCUGCGUGGAGCACCACACCUUUUUCAGGUUGGUGUCUCCAGAAACUCCCCCCAAGAAGUUCCUAAAUCUGGGCUCUAAGUUCCGAUACAGUGGGAGAACCCAGGCCCAGACGCGACGAGCCAGCUCCCAGAUCGUCCGUCCGGCGCCCCGCUUCGAGCGCUCCACCAGCAAGCGCUACAUCAUGUCGCGCAGCCUGGACGGAGCUCCGCAGAGUACACCCAAAAGGAGUUCACCCAAAAGGAGUUCACCCAAUAGGAGUUCACCCAAUAGGAGUUCACCCAAAAGGAGUUCACCCAAUAGGAGUUCACCCAAUAGGAGUUCACUCAAUAGGAGUUCACCCAAUAGGAGUUCACCCAAAAGGAGUUCACCCAAAAGGAGUUCACCCAAAAGGAGUUCACCCAAAAGGAGUUCACCCGAAAGGAGUUCACCCAAAAGGAGUUCACCCAAAAGGAAUACCCCCCAGUCUGUAUCCCCGAGAAUUGAACCACCUGCUAGUUUUAACGUCGCUAAACCAACAGAGAUGGGCUCGGACCUAUACGGAAGGGCGAAGGGCAUCGCCAUGAGCGACCUCAUCACCACAGUGACACCGGAGAAAAGGGUGGAGGAAAGGAAGGCAGAGGAAGAGGUGGAAGUAAAGGUGGAGGUAGAGGUGGAAGUAGAGGUGGAAGUAGAGGUGGAAGUAGAGUUGGAGGAGGUGGAGGAGGAUGAGACCACGAAAGCCACCGAGAUCUCUCUACCAAGUCCAACCUCUCCCAUUCGACACGACACCAAGACUGAACUGACUGACACUGGUGUCGAUGGUGAACUGACAGCCACGGAGUCGGACCAGGAAGAUGAGUCCGAGUUAAAGACACAGGACACAGUGGGCACGCCGGAGGAGCUGUUGAAACACACGACCAACAUCAGUGAGCUCAAGAGAUCGUUCCUGGAGACGGGCGCCGACUCGGCUGGCCUUACCGAAUGGGAGAAGAGGCUGUCAUCGUCCCCCCUGCGCUCGCCGCGCCUCGACGAGGCCCCCAUGAUCGAACCCCUGGAACUCGACGAGAGCCAAGAGGAUGAGGGAGAGGAUGAGAGAGAGAGAGCCAUGGCUGCAGGCGGUAGCGUUGAGGAGGACAUCACGCACAGCCCUGUGGAUACUAAGACUACUGUGGACUCUGACGGGUGGGUAAUAGUAAGCAAAGUCCCUCCUAAGGUAGCCGAAAAGAGAAACAUUGUCAACUAUAAAGUUAUGGCCGUCGAUAACACUGUGGCUGAAGGAGCGCUCGGCGGCGCCAGUGGUGUCGUUGUCAUCAAGGAGUUUGGCAAACCAUACGAGAGCUUCAGCAGUGAACUAGCGUCCAAGGCCGAGGAGAUGGAGGAGAAGACCUACACCCUGGGCAAAUCCUACGACACCAUGUCAGGCAAGAUCGUCACCAUGACGACGCAGGCCAAAGAUGGCGGGGAGGCGGCGGUAGCCGUUCCUGCGGUGUUCGCCAGGGAGCUGAAGAGGGCAGCAGACCAAUCCACCACCACUGUGAAGAUCAUCCCGGUGUCGACUGAGUACGAGAUGCCAGUGUCGGUCCACUUGAGUCUCCCGCCCAUAGAGGGAAUCGGACCCCCAAUGAUCACCAUCCAGGAGGCAAGGACCCCCUCUCCAUCUGAGGGAAUGGGACCCUCCAUGAUCACCAUCCAGGAGGCAAGGACCCCCUCUCCAUCUGAGGGAAUGGGACCCUCCAUGAUCACCAUCCAGGAGGCCAGGACCCCCUCUCCAUCCGAGCCCAGCGACGGUGGCCUGGGCGCCAUGCGGACCGUAGUGUCCAUCCGAUCCAGCCAGGACAUCAGUGAUGCCGCGAGAGCUGACAGCAGGAAGCAGCUACGGGAGACUUUUCUUCUGGGAGACAGGAGCACCACCCCUGUUGCGCCUCACACACCCCUCUCUCCACGGUCCCCAAUGGCCAAGUCCCCAAUGGCCAAGUCCCCAAUGGCCAAGUCCCCAAUGAAGAUGCCCAAGCCUCAAAUGGUCGAUCUGCGUCUGAGCCCCAGCCCUGUGUCCUAUCUUUCCAGAACCCCAUCGCCCUCCAAAGUGCCAAAGCCAACCUUUGAGGAGAUGUCCCCGGAGCUCACCGCUCUCUUACAGUCGGCCAGAGAUCAGACCAGCACGCGGGUCUGGACUGCUUCGCCUGCCUUUAGUCAGACCGUGUUUAAGACAACAGAGAAGGUGGAGCGGAUCGUGCUGCAGACAGAGGUGGUAUCUUCCCAACAAGAAAAGGACCAGGACCAGCCUGAGUUGAAGUUGGCACAGCCAGAACAGUCUGACCACCAGCCUGACAACAUGGAGAACCAGGCAGAGCAUCAGACUGAGCAGUUGUCUGUGCUGGAGGCUCCAGAGGUCCUGACCUUCAACAGGGCAGACGUGGUGGAUGUGACCCAGGAGGUCCCUGUAAUACACACGGAAAUGAAAACUGUCACAUACCAGUCACUAGAGGCUGACGCUGAUCCCGAGGCGGGGGUGUUGAUGAGCGCCCAGACCAUCACCUCAGACACCACCAGCACCACCACAACCACACAUAUCACCAAGACUGUGAAAGGCGGCAUCUCGGAAACCAGGAUCGAGAAGAGAAUCGUAAUCUCGGGUGAUGCAGACAUUGACCAUGACGAGGCCUUGGCUCAGGCCAUAAAGGAGGCCAAAAAGCAGCACCCUGACAUGUCAGUGACCAAAGUAGUGGUCCACAAAGAGACUGAGAUCACGCCCGAGGAGGGCGAAGAGUGACCGCAGGUGUGACGGGUCACUGGGUUCACCAACGUUUCGGGAGCAUUCUGUUAACGUUACUUCACGCUGUUCAGAGUACGGGACGCAAGCAGGAUAGUGGCGUUGCCAACAGACAGCAGCACCCCACUGUAGCAGACACUAAUACUGCAUCCAACCACUACUGAACUAACCUCAUUAACCCACCCACACUCCCUCACUCACUCACCAUCACUACUGGCAAACACAGACCUCCAAAGCUACCUUCAUAGGAACAUGUAUACUGCAUGAAAAGGGAACAAUUCUGCAUUUUUGUAAAAGAAAAAAAUAACAAUAUAUCAAAAGUUCUACAUGUUUUACUUGACCUGUAAACUCAGACUCAAAGGUUUAAGAAUGUAUGUGAUGAGAGUUAAGAUAGUAUAGAUCAUUAUGUUGUAUUUAUUAUCAAACUGCUCACUUGGAAACAUGUAUAAUAGUAGGCUAUGAUGGCACAAUAUUUAUCCACGCAAUAGAUGUGGCAUUCAUCUUGUCAGAAGUCCCCUUAUUUAUCCCAAAUGCUGAUUUUAUCCAAUUUUACAAAGAAUAUUCCCUUUAAAAAGACAACAAUAAUAUCUAUGGUACUGGUACAUGCAUUUGCUUAGUAGGUCAUUCAUCCUCAAAGAUGAUUUUGUUGUUUUUACUUGUAAAUAUGCUUAUUUGGUUUUCAUUAAUUACAAGGUGAGGAUGAGGACGAUGAGGCAAAAUAUUGUAGAAGCGUUAGUUAGCAGGAAAAGUUCAACAGACUCCAUUACUGUGACCUCUGAGGUGAUUAAGAAACCCCUUAUUAUACAGUAUGUGUCUUCACACUGUGGAUUAUACUUUCUUGUUGGCUUGUAUCUGAAAUUAUACCCUAUUCCAUAUGGGCUCUGGUCAAAAGUAGUGUACUAUAUAGGGAAUAUGAUGCAAUUUUAGAUACAUAAUUGUUUAGACACAUUCUUAAAGGAAAACUCCACCCAAAAACAAUAUUUCUGUAUUUGUUUCAUUAGUCCAUUGUUGACACAGUCCCAACAUGUUUUGCUUGUCAGCAAUCAAGUUUUCAAGAUAUGUAACUUUGAAAAUACAAAAAUCAUCCCU